AUGCACAAUUGCAUCAAACUGACAUUGAGAUCCUCAGAGGUUAAAGUGGGUAUUGAUGAGCUUUUGGUUGUCACAGUCUCAGUGGAGAAUAGAGGAGAAAACUCCUACAACAGUCGUGUUAUUCUCACGUACCCAGCUGGACUCUCCUACAGGAAGUUCACGAGUCAGCAGGGAAGAAUUGGGUGCAACUCCUUGGACAGUGAAGAUGGUUUAUCCCGAGGAAGGACAGACUGCACUAUUGACAAGCCAAUUUUCAAGAGCAAAACUAAGGUUUUCUUCAGUAUCACAUAUGGGAUUGAAACAAACAGUCAACUUGAGAGGGAGAUCUUUGUCACUGCAAAUGCCACCAGUGGAAAUCAGGAGCAUGCCACUACAAGUGAACUCUACAAACAGAAAUCAAUUGAUGUGAAAUACAGCAUUUUUCUCACAUUUGAAAGCUCCUUCAGCAGCCAUAAUUUCACCCCUGGAAUGAAUAAUUCACAGGAAGCAUUCCAACAAAUAAUCAAGAUUACAAACUAUAUCAGAGCAUUUAAUUUCACUGUGGUGAUCAGGGUUCCAGUGAAGCUUGGUGAAAAAGACAUUUGGGUGGAUUUGAGCAGCCUACAGAUUGCAAACUGUCAGAGAGGAAAUGAUGAAGAACCACUUAACAGAGAAUUUGUUGCUGAAAUACAAAAACAUAAAGUAGUGGACUGCUCUGUGGCCACGUGCAGAGUGUUCAAGUGCAACACCUUCAUGGGAAUAUGGGAGAGUAGGAUGUAUGAAAUUUCUGCCAACUUCAGUUCAGGAUGGAUAGAGCAGAUUGGAUUUCAAUCUGUGAAAUUCCUCUUAACCAGCACAGCUAGUCUGGAGUAUGACAAAAACCAGUACAUCUACUUUUCAGCGUGGACGAAAAAUAAUCCUCCUGUCCACAAGAUUGAGGAAGAGAUAAAAGUGUAUUCUGAACCAGAUUACAUUAAAGAGAUAAUUGGUGGAUACAUUGGAGGUUUGGCUGUUACUGCUUUAUUCACUGUUUGCCUGUACAAGGCUGGAUAUUUCAAGAGUGAUUACAAAGAGAUGAUAAAACAAAAUCAGGAAGAAGCAGAGGGUCCAGGUACGGAUGGAGGUGCAACCACAACUGAAUAAGAAAAUAUUAAUUCACUUUACUUUCCUCAGCCACCAGACCUUGUAUUGCAGAUUUAUUUAUUUUUUUUAGCUUUGUAGAAUUAGUGACGCCCAUAUACUUGACUGACUAAAGAAAAAACAGUUUACUGUGUCUGACAUCAUUCCCUCAUUUACGCAUUUUCUACUGAAUGAUGAGGUUCACAGUCAGAACUCAAAA